GAACCUGUCUGCAAAGUUUCGUCCAAUCGGUUGGGGCGCCCCGCUUCUCCCCGCGCGUAACUAAAUACCGCCGCGAGAGCCGCCGCCGCGCUUUGUCGGAGAUGUGCGAGCGCGGUCUGUGCAGGUCGGGCUACGUGGGCUCCCUCCUCAACCUGCCGGCUCCGGACUCCUUCUACUUCCCCAGCCUGCGGGCCAAUGGAGGCCAGCUGGCUGCUCUGCCCUCCCUGCCCUACCCGCGGAGCUCGCUGCCCUGGACCUGCCCGAGCUCGUGCGCAGCCCAGCCCCAGCCCCAGCCCCAGCCCCAGCCCCACGCCCUCGGCGGCCCCUCGCAGUCCUACCUCCCCGGCGGCGGCAAGGAGGGCCCGGGCCACUGCGGCCGGUUCUACGGCCCGGAUGCGGGCGCCAAGGCGGAGGAGCGGGGCAGGCAGCGGCCGCCCUUCGCCCACGCGCCCGGCCUGCCCGCUGCGGCCAGCCCGAAGGGCGGCAAAGGCCUGCAGCGGGGCGCGCACGGCCUUUUCGAGGGGGAUCCCUGCGCCGCCGGCGCCGAGGAGGACGCCAAGGGCCCGCUCAACUUGAACGUGACAGUGCCGCCGGCCGCCGGCCCGCCCUGCCUCCGCCCGGCCGCGCAGGACGGCUCGGCGUGGUGCCCCGGCCCGGGCCGCGGGCGCAAGAAGCGGAAGCCCUACACCAAGCAGCAGAUCGCGGAGCUGGAGAGCGAGUUCCUCCUCAGCGAGUUCAUCAACCGGCAGAAGCGCAAGGAGCUCUCGCACAGGCUCCGCCUCAGCGACCAGCAGGUCAAGAUCUGGUUCCAGAACCGGCGCAUGAAGAAGAAGCGCGUGGUGAUGCGGGAGCAGGCGCUGGCGCUCUACUAGCGCGGCCCGGGGCCCACGCACGGGGCCGGGGCUCUCCACGCCGGCCCUGCCCUGGGCCUCGCUCACACGAGGGGCUGAACUGCGGGCGGCCCCUGUCUGUAAGCCCCGUUUUGCAGGAAACGAGCAGAUCAAUAAAGGAGCCUUGCUUCGG